GAUGUGUGCUCAGAGCCAAAAAAAAAUGAUGUGCCGAUGUCAAUUUCAGCUGAGUGUAUCGGUAUCUUCGAUAAAAAUUGUGGAUUUUUAUGUGUUAACAUUAAGUAGUUGAAAUGGUUGAGGAUAAUUCAAAGAACAGUAAUUCAAACACACCAGAGGCAACAGCCGAUACUGGCGAAGAAAAACCGAAAUGGGGAUAUGACCUAUAUCCUGAACGCCGAGGUGGUACGUUCAAACCGCAUUGGUUCAAAGCUAUAUGGGGCUUUGCGGGCAGAGAAAAUGAAGGCAAAAUGAAAUGCGAACGUAACGUUGUCGACUGUGUCCGUAACAGUCCAAUGGUUAAGCUCAUGAUGGGAGCUCUGAAAAGCUCGGGAUGUCCAAUCGAUUUGCGUCGACACAUUACCUGUGAAGUUUGUGAUCCUUCGGUCAGUGGUGGCUACGAUCCGGAAUAUAAUCAAAUAGUUGUGUGCCAAAACAUAGCCACGAAUAAAGGCAUGAUACAAGGCAUAUUGACACACGAAAUGAUCCACAUGUUCGACUACUGUAACAACGAUUUAGACUUCAAAAAUAUCGAUCAUUUAGCAUGUACCGAAAUUCGAGCUGCCAAUUUAACACAUUGUUCAUUUAUGAGUGCCUAUCUUCAGGGAGACGCAUCGAUGUUUAAAAUACAAAGAGCACAUCAGGACUGUGUCAAAACAAAGGCUUUGAGUAGUGUACUUGCUGUCCGAAAGGUAACCCAAAAUGAAGCGAUUGAAGCUAUAGAAAGAGUCUUCCCAAAGUGCUAUGCAGAUUUAGAGCCGAUAGGCAGAAGAAUACGUAGGAAUUCGACGGAUAUGCAAAGAGCUUUUUCUGAAGGACCAAUGUACGGAUACGACGUCUACUAAAAAUCGUCAAUUUGUAUAGUUUUAAAUGCUUCAAGGAGACAAAUUAGUGAAAUAAAUUAUUUGAUUCAAACG